AUGGCCGCCGCCGUUGCAUUUCCCCACCUUCUCCUUUUCCUCGUCUUGGUGUCCCCUGUGGCCUGCUACUCUGCUAGUCCAUCUUACCGCUGCGACUGGUGCCCGCGGCGAUCCACCGUCUCCCUCCUCCCUCCGGAGGCCAGUGCCCUCAACGGCGCCGCGUGCGGAUACGGUGACACGGCGGCGGUGGCUGAGCUCAUCAACGCGGGGUUCCACAUUGCCGCCGUCAACGCCGGCUUCUUCCGGCAAGGCCAGGCCUGCGGCGCCUGCUACCAGCUGAGGUGCAGGGGCCGGAGCGCGUGCGCCAAGGACGGCGUCAAGGUCGUCAUCGUCGCCGACGUGCCGGAGACGAACAGCACAGGCAGGGGCGGGCGGUUCAUGAUCAACAAGGACGCUUUCGCCGCCUUGACUACUGCUGGUGGCGGUGGCCAGCUCGCGAGCUUGGUGGACGCGGCCGUCGACGUUGACUUCAGGAGGAUACCUUGCGCCUACAAAGGCAAGAACCUCGCCGUGAGGGUGGAGGAGACGAGCAGCAGGGACAAGGGCCGCCUCGCCGUCAGGUUCCUCUACCAGGGCGGCCAGACCGACAUCGUCGCCGUCGAGGUGGCGCAGGCGGAAAUUCCUGGUGCCACGACCCAGAGUGCCGCCGCGCCGUCGCCGACAACAUGGCAGUACAUGACGCCGCGCGAGGGGUCGCUGGGGGUGUGGCGCACGUCGCGCGCGCCGGCCGGCCCGCUGCGGCUCCGCCUUGUGGUGACCGCCGGCUCCGGCGGCAAGUGGCUUCGAACGGAUGGUGCAGUGCUCCCCGCGGAGUGGCAAGCCGGCGCGGUCUACGACACUGGGCUGCGCGUCACCGACGUCGCUGCAAACACCUGCGGCGGCGCCUCCUGCUCCGCCUCCGGAGACGGCGACGAGGAGGAGUAGGAUCUCAGAUGACAAGCACGCUCCCAUCCAUCCAGGAUCGUAGUGACCAUGGUCCAUCGGAG